AUGACUCAGACUUUCACCGUGACAGCCCCUUUAACCGACUCCAUCACAAGCACAGCGGCCCAACCACCCAGUGUAGGUGGAGAAGCGGCCCAACCAAUGUCCGGUUCCAGUCAGUCCAACAAGCCGCGCAGAGCACCUGAGGACCAAGCCAAUGAUCUGCUUAACAUGACCAGAGACGUGUCCCAACUGAACUCCAGCCAGGUGAAUCAGCUGGUGUCGCAGCUCGAGAGGCUUUUGUCAGGCCCGAAUGUCAGCCUGGCGCUGGGAAACACCUCGGUCCAGAUCGUCAGCAAUCUGCUGGGUGCUUCUCCUGAAGUGCUGUCUAAUUCCUCCAACAGGAUUAUACAGCUCGUUGACACAGUGGGGUCAAAACUGGUCCUUGAGGAAGCAGUUCAGACCGUCCUGUCCCCCGACGUGGCUCUGUUAGUGACACCAGCAGAUGGCACUAAUUUUCAGGAAACCUUUUUUUCCAUCUCAAACCCAAAUGAUGUACAGAUCAGUGAGGCAGACUCCUCCAUCCCGCAGGGCUCCAUCAGGCUGCCCCCCUCCCUCACACAGAACCUCAGCUCAGGGGAGCAGCAGCUGGCCUCUAGAGUCCACUUCAACUUCUACCAGAAGAGCACCGUGUUCCAGGACAGAUCUUUGGGAGUGCGCAGACUGAACAGCGGGAUCCUCGGAGCAAGCGUGGCCAACCUAUCAAUCUCAGGCCUGCAGGACAAUGUGACAAUCAACCUGAGGAAUACAGAGCCUAUUCCUGCUAACUUUGUGGCUAUAUGUGUUUUCUGGGAUUUCACAAUGAAUGACGGAUCAGGUGGAUGGAAUCAAGAUGGCUGCUCAGUCCUAAAGAGCACCGACAACGAGACAGUUUGUGGCUGCAACCAUUUAACCAGUUUUGCCAUCCUGCUGGACCUCUCCAGGACGCCUUUAACCAGUCGGGUUCAGGCAACCAUCCUCACAUUCAUCACUUACAUAGGCUGUGGGAUCUCGGCCAUAUUUCUUUCUAUCACCCUCCUCACGUAUUUGGCCUUCGGGAAGCUACGCAAGGACAUCCCAUCUAAAAUCCUGAUCCAGCUGUGCGUGGCUCUGCUGCUACUGAAUCUGGUCUUCCUUGUCGAUGCUUGGCUGGCACUCUACCCCAAUGCAUUGGGCCUCUGCAUCUCCACCGCCUGGUUCCUUCACUACUUCCUGCUGGUGGCCUUCACCUGGAUGGGACUUGAAGCCGUCCACAUGUACCUAGCCCUGGUGAAAGUCUUCAAUAGCUACAUAUCAUGCUACAUGCUGAAGUUCUCACUGGUGGGCUGGGGUGUCCCAAUGAUUGUGGUCAUUAUUGUCAUUGCCAUUGACAAGAAUAACUAUGGCCUCGUCUCCUACGGAAGGUUUGCUGAUGGCACUAGUGAUGACUUCUGCUGGCUGCAGGAUGAUACCGCCUUCUACGUAGCGGUGGUGGCGUACUUCUGUGUCAUUUUUCUCUUUAAUGUGGUCAUGUUCGUCGUGGUGUUGGUCCAGCUGUGUCGGUUAAAGAGACAGAACCCUCACAACUCACUUCACCGGUCCAUACUGCAGGAUGCGCGCAGCGUGGCGGGGAUUACCAUCCUCCUGGGCCUCACCUGGGGUUUUGCCUUUUUUGCCUGGGGACCUGUUAACCUUCCGUUCAUGUACCUCUUUGCCAUCUUUAACUCUUUGCAAGGAUUCUUUAUAUUUAUCUUCCACUGUGCGGUGAAGGAGAGCGUGAGGAAGCAGUGGAGGAUGUACCUCUGCUGUGGCAAGAUGAGACUAGCAGAGAACUCAGAAUGGAGUCACACUGCAACACAGAAGACCAUGAAGAAGUCAUCAGUGACCAGACUAACACCUGACCGUUCAUCAAAGCUGUCCCAGACAAACAGCUCUUCCUCUUUCCUUGUCCCUGAUCCCUCCGAGCAGCUUAAUGGCAUUAGCAGCCCAUUUGAAGACCAAGCGAUCACAACUGACGAGGAGCCAAAUAUGGACGUGGUCCUCAACGAGAUCAACAGACAGUCCAGACAACAACAGGCGUCCUGAUACAAGAACAGUCUUGUAUUGAAUUAUUUGUAUAUAAUUGAGAUGUAUAGACUAAUUUAUGUAUGUAUUGGAACAUUUCAUUUAAAAGACUUAUGGGCUACGAUAUUUUCAACAUGAAUACCUUCAAGUCAGCACAUU